UUUUCCUUCACACCUUUCAAAUUCAACGAAUUCCUUGGCGGUUAUGGCUCAAUACAAGGAGAGGAUGUUGUGCUCCAAAGGGAGCACACUUUCUCUUCAACAACGGAGCAACUAACAGGGAUAGAUACUCACGUAGAUCAAACUCAAAAGCAGCAACGUAGUUUCGAUUUUGAUCACGUGAUGACAGAGGAGUUCAACUUCGAAUCUGUUCAGCCACCAAAGAAGUCUUCUUUUCAAGAAACUAAGGGACAAAAGGAUAAACAAGUGCUGCCAUCUUCUCUAGCAUCAUUAGAGCUCCUGAGAAAUUAUGGAAGCAGGUUCAAUAAGCUAGGGACGCAAAACAUCAGGUGUAGUGUUGAAACUUGCUUUAGUCCUCAGAAGUUAUCAACUGAAGAACUAAUAAGAUUGGCCGGAGCAAGGUAUCUUCAACACUCUACACAGUGGCAUCAUGAUAUUUGCAUCCCCGUGCACCCUUAUGGAAUGAGCCUUCAGGUUUUAUCGGAAGAAGAAAAUAGAGGCGUGGAGCUCGCUCAGUUUCUUCUGGCAGCUGUUGAUAGGGUAGGGUGCCAGCAAUUUGAACGUGCCAGCAUGCUACUUUCCCAUUUGCUGUGGAACUCCUCAGGUGGUGGUGGAAGCCCCGUUCAGAGAGUUGUCUUUCAUUUCUCUCAAGCACUUCUCGAAAGAAUCAAAAGACAAACGAGAGGAAAAGUGACAUUGAACAAGUGUGAAAAAAACAAGGAAAGGGAAAUGAUUGAGAAGCUAAGAUUGGAUACUAACAUGGCUGUUACGUGCCAUGAAAAAAUUCCUUUCAAUCAAGUAAUGCAGUUUGCUGGGGUGCAAGCAAUUGUGGAACAUGUGGCAUUUCAAACCAGAAUCCAUCUCAUAAACCUUGAUAUUGGAUGUGGGGUGCAAUGCACAGCUUUGAUGCAAGCACUGGUUGAGAGGCAUGAAAGGCAAGUUGAGCUUCUGAAGAUAACUGCCAUUGGACUUCAAGGUAAAACCAGACUGGAAGAAACAGGGAAAAGGUUAGUGAGUUUUGCUGAAUCCUUGAACUUGCCCUUUUUAUAUAAGAUAGUUUUCGUCAGAAGCAUCACAGAGAUCAAGGCUGAGCAAUUUGGAAUUGAAGAUGACGAAGCUGUAGCUGUUUAUUCUCCUUAUAUGCUGAGGACGAUGGUGUCGGAUUUUGUCUCUUUGGAACACUUGAUGCGGGUGAUGACAAAAAUCAGACCAACUAUAAUGAUAGUUCUUGAGUUGGAAGCAAAGCACAAUUCACCCUCCUUUGUGAAUCGCUUCAUUGAAGCAUUUUUCUUCUAUGCAGCAUAUUUUGACUGCAUUUACACCUGCAUGAAGCAAGAUUAUGAGUGCAGAAUGCGAAUUGAGGGAAUAUUAUCAGAAGGGAUACGGAACAUUGUUGCUAUGGAAGAUGGAGAAAGAAAGGUUAGAGAUGUAAAGAUAGAUGUUUGGAGAAGAUUCUUUGCAAGGUAUAGAAUGGUGGAGACUACAUUUAGCGAUUCAUCAUUGUACCAAGCUAACUUGGUUACCAAAAAAUUUGAGUGUGGGAAUUUCUGCACUGUGGAAAGAAACGGGAAAUGCCUAAUAAUUGGAUGGAAAGGAACCACAAUUCAUUCAAUCUCAGCCUGGAAGUUUCUUUAA